AUUUCAGGCAGCAGCCACACCCACAAAGGCCUACGAAUCGACACAUCCUGGAACAAAACCUUCCUAGUUUUUUUGGUACUUUAAUUCCUGAAAGUUUGAACAAAAUUAAAUGAAGAUCAUAAAUUCACAGCUGAUGAGCUAAUUAAAUUUGUGCAUGGAAGCAAAUGCGUCUUGAAAAAAGAAAGCAAUUGAACGAAAAAGAUAAGACCAAUGAUGACGAUACAGAGGAUGAAUUCGUCACUGGGCUGGAAUACAAGAGCACAACCUCCGAUUCUGAUUUGCCAGAAGAUUUGCCUGCAGAUAAUGCCGAGCAUAAUAAAGCUGAGAGCGACAGCACUUUUGUACGUGAAUACCCAGAGGAUAUUGUAUUAAUAAGAUUAUCCUUGAAACCUCGUCUGGAUUUCCCAAAUCUCCCGGUUCGUAUCGCUGGACUCUUAAAUAAACGCUAAC